CAUGGCUGAAUAAAAGUCUCAAUUUCUACGAUAGUACUUGGGAUGAAUCUUCGUUGUGCUGAAAACGACAACGUUUAGCUGAACAACCGUCGCAGAACCAUCCAUCGUCGAAAACGAAAAGUCCCUACUGACGUCUGAGCUACCGAAGUUGAUUAUCUCACUAUGUAGGUUGGCAAAAUACAUUUUACACAAUCUUUUCUAAAUAAUUACUUUUAUUUUGUUGGCAGAAAGUACUUUCUCAUAGAAAUAGAAAGGUUGUUCUCUUCUAAUUCUAUGGUUAUUCAAGUGCGAAGAAAUAGAAAGGGUGUUCUCUUCUAAUUCUAUGGUUAUUCUUAAAGUGCGCCCUCUCUUGCUGGCACUUGAGUUAAACAUGUCGGCGCGCAGUCAGGGGUACAAAAUAAUGUCGUCUUAAAAUAAACGGUAACAACACGUUUUGUCUAUUAAACCACAAACGAUGCAAUGGAGAGAUUACCACAUGUAAGAACAUUGCUCCCAAAAAACAUAAAUGAACUACAUUUGGAAGACAUUUUGAAGGAGACAGUUGGUCAUGAUGUCCACUCUCUACUCCAAGACUGUGCAGAAGAUGUCUUCCAAAGUGAUCUUCAACAAAGCUCUGCUAAAUCAGAGGAUCUUCUGAACUUCAGCUGGGAGAAGCUCAACACGGGUCACUGGAAGGAUGUCAACAUAGCCUGGAGACAUGUCUAUUCAUACGCAUCUCUUCUCAAAGUUAUGAGCAUUUAUGGUGAACUGGAUGAAGACAGGGAUGGACUGCAGGCACAAUUAGUAGAGAGAGCUCUGGAAGCAUGUGACAUGGGAUUACUCAUGGGAGCUCCCAUCCUUGACAACAUCUUAAGCCACUUAGCAAGAGCCUUACAGAAAUCCUUCAAAGCAACUUCAUCCACUGAUCAUCGAGAAGUUCAUCCUAAAUGUCUUCUACAAGAAGCACCAGUUGAGCUUCCAUCUCUCCUCCAAGCCCCAGUGAUCUCAAAACAGCAUGAGAUCCCCAGAGUGACCUGUCCAUCUCUACUUCACUUCUAUUCCCAAUUCAUGGAGACUAAGACACCUGUUAUCAUCCAGGGAGCCAUGGACCACUGGCCAGCGAUGGGGGCCAGACAGUGGAGUUUGAGGUAUCUUCAUGAAGUGGCAGGUCAGCGGACUAUCCCUAUUGAGCUUGGAGCCAAAUACACCGACGAGUCAUGGUCACAAUCUCUGAUGACGUUGUCAAACUUUAUCACCAAGUACAUCCAGGAAAAGGCACUAACCCAAGGGAAGGAUAAAGUUGGAUACUUGGCACAACACCAACUCUUCCAUCAGAUCCCUGAGCUCCGAGACGACAUCUGCGUCCCAGAUUACUGCUGUAUCCAUGACAACACUGACAAUCCCAACCCCAUCUCUGCUGAAGAUGACCUUGAAGAUGCCACUAGUGAUGAUGAGAAUCUUGAUGAUGAAGUAGACAUCAAUGCUUGGUUCGGACCAGCUGGCACCGUCUCCCCUCUACACACUGACCCUAAACACAACUGUCUAUCUCAGGUGGUUGGAGAGAAAUACAUUCGUCUUUAUGGAGAAGAUAUGACACCUAGCGUCUACCCACAUCAAAGCCAUCUUCUGCAUAAUACUAGCCAGGUGGAUGUAGAGAACCCUGACGUCUUAAGAUUUCCUCUCUUCCCCUCCGCCAUCUAUCAAGAAGCCAUCCUAAGACCUGGGGAGAUGUUAUAUAUUCCUCGUGGGUGCUGGCACUAUGUCCGCUCACUCAGCACAAGUUUCUCUGUUAGCUUCUGGUGGAUGUAGCUGCUUCAAGGAACUGUAGGACACAGGAUAAGGUGCUCUUCAUGACAAACGAGUGAAGCUCUCAAGUUGACC